AUCUACGGUGUGUCAAUCGAAUGAUAUCUACGUGUUAUGUUUAUUAAAAAAUCAUAUUUGAGGUAAUUGAGCAGUUUCUUUAAAAUGAAAUUUCUUUAUUUCUUGUUUAUGUGCUGGACUAUAGUGAAAUGUGACGAACAUACCCAUACCUAUAAAGAUGGAGAACAAGUAGUGUUAUGGAUGAACACUGUCGGACCAUAUCACAAUCGACAGGAGACGUACGCUUACUUUUCGUUACCGUUUUGUGUUGGUACAAAAGUAACAAUUGGACACUAUCAUGAGACAUUAUCCGAAGCAUUGCAAGGCGUGGAGCUGGAAUUUAGCGGUCUUGAUAUUACUUACAAAGAUAAUGUGCCGGCGCAACAAUUUUGUGCUAUAGAACUCAAUGAACAGUCUUACAAGGCUCUCGUAUACGCUGUGAAAAACCAUUAUUGGUAUCAGAUGUAUAUUGAUGACCUCCCAAUUUGGGGUAUUGUUGGAGAGAUUGAUGGCGACCAAUAUUACAUUUGGACCCAUAAAAAGUUUGAUAUUGGUUACAACGGAAACCGAAUUGUGGAAGUUAAUUUAACUGCUGAAAAUAAAGAACGACUGACACCCGAUGCAAAAAUACCAUUCACCUAUGAAGUUAAUUGGAAGAAGAGCAAUAUACGCUUUGAAGAUAGAUUUGACAAAUAUUUGGAUCCUAACUUCUUUCAACAUAGAAUACAUUGGUUUAGUAUUUUUAAUAGCUUCAUGAUGGUGAUAUUUUUAGUAGGUUUAGUUUCUAUGAUCCUCAUGAGGACACUAAGGAAAGAUUAUGCUAGGUAUUCUAAAGAUGAUGAUCUUGAUGACCUAGAAAAAGACUUAGGGGAUGAAUAUGGUUGGAAACAAGUACAUGGUGAUGUUUUUAGACCUGUUCCUCAUUUAGCGAUUUUCUCAGCACUAGUAGGAUCAGGAUAUCAAUUGACAGUGGUAACAUUAGCAGUCAUUAUUUUUACAAUAUUUGGUGAACUAUAUACUGAGAGGGGAUCUUUAUUGUCUACAGCUAUUUUCAUCUAUGCGGCUACAUCCCCAGUAAAUGGUUACUUUGGUGGUUCUCUUUAUGCUAGAAUGGGUGGAAAGUUGUGGAUAAAACAGAUGUUGCUCUCUGCAUUUUUACUGCCUGUUUUGGUCUGUGGAACAGCUUUUUUCAUUAACUUUAUUGCCAUGUAUUACCAUGCUUCUAGAGCUAUACCAUUUGGAAGUAUGAUAGCUGUGAUGUCAAUCUGCACUUUUGUCAUUUUGCCUUUGACUCUUGUAGGUACAGUACUGGGUAGAAACUUAGCUGGCCAACCAGAUUAUCCUUGUCGUAUUAAUGCUGUGCCCAGGCCUAUUCCUGAGAAGAAAUGGUUCAUGGAACCUUUAGUUAUCAUUGUUAUGGGUGGUAUUUUACCCUUUGGUUCAAUCUUUAUUGAAAUGUAUUUUAUUUUUACUUCAUUCUGGGCUUAUAAAAUUUAUUAUGUGUAUGGAUUUAUGUUGUUGGUCUUCUUGAUUUUGAUGAUCGUAACAGUGUGUGUUACUAUUGUGUGUACUUAUUUCCUACUCAACGCUGAAGAUUAUCGUUGGCAAUGGACAAGCUUUUUGUCAGCUGGUAGUACAGCUAUUUAUGUUUAUUUUUAUUCUUUCUAUUACUUUCUGUUUAAAACCAAGAUGUAUGGUUUAUUCCAAACUACUUUUUACUUUGGAUACAUGUUUUUGUUUAGUUUAGCUCUAGGUAUUAUAUGUGGGACUGUGGGAUAUUUAGGCACUAGUAUAUUUGUGAGAAAGAUCUAUUCAACUGUGAAGAUUGAUUGAAACAAAUAAUAACAGCAAUGGUUUUAAUCAUCUUUGCGAUUGAUUCUCGCAUGUGACACAAUUUAUAAUUGUUUAUUUUAAUCAUAUGUUCAUUCACUUAUUCUAAUCACAUCAUAAUUAUAUAUAUUAACAGUAUAAAUAUAGUAAGAAAGUGAAGAAGUAAUUUAUCAUAAAUAUACUUUAAACUGUUGUGUGUAAACAGAAAGUAAUUUAGAUACAUUCCUGAAAUUUAUACAAAAUGAGGCAGCCAUCCAAUUAGAGAUAGGCAAAUAUUUUUGUUACAAAAAUUCAUUGAACAUUGAUAAUUAUUACCAUUCAUUAUUUUAUGAUCUACUUAGUGAAAAUAUAGCAAUACAUUUCUUAUUUUAAAAAAUAAAUUUAUUGAAUAUAUGUGAGACAAAUAUCUGUAAAUUAGACAGUAUUUAUUUUAAUACCUAAGCUUCAUCAUAUCUUUGUUUGUUUAAAAAAGAUUAUAAUCUUUACUAUAUGUGAGAUGGAAAUGAAUGAAUCUUUUUAACUGAAGAUUUUAUAGAUAUUAUUAAUUAUGUUUGUGCUGGUAACUUUAAUAGGUAUGCUCAUUAUAUUGUUAUUUAUAGUAGUAUCAUCACAGAUGCAUCAGUUUAAUUUUUGUAAAUAUUUCAGUUUACUUAUGAUGCACUAUUUGGUAUAUUGUACAAAACACAUUGAGAAUUUUAGCUCAAUGAAGGCUUAUUCUUUAUUUUAGGAGUGUUUGAAAUUGUUAGUAAUUUUUAGGUAAUGAUCUUGUUUGGGACUCGAGGUCAUCUAUAUUAUGUAAAUAUUAAGAAAGAUUAAAUGAAAUAUGGAUUACAGACUGUCAUGAACAAUCUCCGUUACUGUCAUGGUAUACACAAACCUUAAAUGGAAAAAUUUGUCAGUAGUUCAAAUAAGAUGAAAAAAUCUUAAGUAAAAAUCUUAAUAAUACUUUAAAAUCUUGACCAACUGUUUUGUAGUAUUAACAACUUGAGAAAAAUGCUAGUCUUGACUAACUAUGCCUAUUACAUCUGCUUAACAAAAACUAGAAUAACGAAUUGCAUAUGUAACGAAGAAUGUUUGUAGCAUUUAAUGUGUAAUUUCUUAGUAUUUGAGAUUAAACAUUUGAAUACAUAGAAAAUCUCUAUGCCAUCCAGCUAUAAAUAAUUUUUAUGUAUGUCAAUAUUAAUAAAGAUUAAAGGAAAC